UUUAACAUUUCCUUUCCUCUGCUAUCUCUUGUACAGUUCUUGAAAGUACCUUAUCUAGCCUGGAGACCUUCCCCUGGGUAAGGCUGGAGAAUCUACUUUUUGGAGAAUUUCAAGAAAGGUGAUGAUCUGGAAGCACGAGAAUCGAAGACUGUUUUUAGGACUGAGUAUCUUCUGGUGAAGUUUAGGAGCUAUUCAUAGCCUUAUAUGGGGUUCCUGUGAGACAGAGUCCUGCCCUGCUGUACCUCAGAAGGACAGAGAAGCCACAUCCUGUAGAGGUCCUGGUUAAAGGUGAGGAAAGAGAAGAGUCGAGUUUUUGGAAAUGAGAUGAGAGAAUACUGACAAAAGGGAGAAACUAUGGUGUCCAGUCCCCUAACUCCUUGCUUCCUAUGAGACUCAGCCUUACAUUGCCUGACUCUGUUGCUGAAAUUUAACACCCUAAAGUGUUUGUGGUCCUUGGCAUGUAGCAUGAGCCCCAUGCUGUGGUAGAAAGCUUAACCAUCCUGCCAUCCGGUGAGGAACGAGGCUGGUCACUGAGAAAUUGGUCAUCCUUUUUCUAUACAUACUUCCAUCCCUCAAGCCCUCCACUUCUCAAACCCUACAACAUGGCAUGGAAGCUGCUUUUCAUCUUUUUCUCUGCAUGCCCAGAUUCCUCUUCUCUUUCCAUCUUCCAGCCCCCCCAGAUCCAGGCCCAGGAGGGUGGCUCUGUCUCCCUUUCCUGUUUGUUCAACAUCAGUCAGGAGGGCCCUGCCAUUGGCUUUGCCACCUGGUACCUGGAUGUGGUAGCCCCAGACAGGGAAGUGAAUAACAAGACACUGGAAUUCAGGGGCCGUCUAGAAGGCUCUGAUCAAUCCCAAUUCCUCUGGGACCGGCUGAUUGAGCUACGGAUACGGGACAUCAGAGUAUCCGAUGCUGGACUUUACCUGUGCGUGGUGGAGAUACUGGGGUCAGGGACUGGAACUGGAGAAGGAACCAGGCUGGUGGUGAAGGAAGGCUCCCCUUGGCCAAAAGUGUUCCCACUCUUCCUUCGGGCAGCCCUCUACAUUUUCAGCUUGGCCUUUGUGGUGAUAGGGACCACUCUGUAUUACAAGAGACAAGUCGCUAUCACCAAAGGACACCAGAGUACCCUGUUACCUCUUUCACAGUGCCUUGAAAAUGAGUUCUGACACCUGGAACUUCCCAAGAGAAUCCCAAUAAACCUCCAGCUACCCCAUAAUCAGCUACUUUUGUCUUUUCCCUUUUAUCCUUCCAGAGGCCCUCCUCUCCCCAGACCUGUCUGUUCCCAUACUCUAUAAAGUCCCUUCCCUUAAGCUCAGAAUUUAGAGUUUAAUUGGUUGGGGGAGGGUAAGGGAAACAAUUCCUAACAAUGAGGAACUCAGGCUAGCAGCUUUGUGCAGUGGGAAGAGCACCAUAAAUUUGGAGUCAGAAGAUCUAGGUUUGAAUUCUGGCUCUGAAAUACACCAACCAGCCCUAUGUCCUUGGGCUAGUCACAUCAUCUCUAACACUCAAUUUUCUAAUCUAUAAAAUAAAGUUAUUGGACUAGAUUAUGUCUAAGGUCCUUCCAGCUCUAACCUCAACCUGCUUCCACCCCAUCCUAGCCUAUAGCUCAAAACUUUCCUCCUCUCAGAAGUCCUGGCCUGACGGAAUUUUAAAAAAUGUAGUAAAAUGUUAUUUAUUUA